UACAGGAAGCAACAACUAACGAGGAGCAACGGACGCCACCCAAAUUGCCUCCGCUACCCGCCAACGACAUUAUCCACAAUCGACACCGCCACCUCGACGCCACCGAUCUCCUCUCCUCAUUCCGCGCGAUUCGCCCGGAGCCUCCCGCCCUGGACCUCCCUCCUCCGUCCCCGCCAUGGCGCGUUGCCCCCACGCGUGCCACCUGGCGGCCGCCGCUGCCGCCGGAGCUCCCCCCUCGCCCCUCCAGCUGCUCCACCUCUGCCCCCCGCAGCUGAAGCUGAGCCCCUGCCGGGCGGCGCUGGGCAAUCGGAGCUCCGGGAUGUUGGGGGGCGGGUUCUCGCCGCCGCUGCCGCCGCCGCGGGGGAAGGCCGGGCUCCGGCGGCGUUUCGGGUUCUGCGUCUGCGCCGAGAUUCGGAGCGCCUUCUCGCCCGGUGUGGGGUUCGACUCGCAGAAAAUUGGCUACUCUCCGGACUCGUCGCAGUUGGCAUGGGUAGGUCCUGUUCCUGGGGAUAUUGCAGAAAUCGAAGCGUACUGCAGAAUCUUCAGAGCUGCCGAGGGCCUCCAUGCUGCGCUGAUGGACACGCUGUGCAAUCCAUUGACCGGAGAAUGUGUUGUUCCUUAUGAUUUCGCGGUGGAGGAAAAACCGCUUUUGGAAGAUAAAAUUGUCUCUGUCCUAGGUUGUGUGUUAUCUCUCUUGAACAAGGGGAGAGAGGAUGUUCUUUCCGGAAGGUCUUCGAUCAUGAACUCAUUUCAGGAUGUAAGCACGAUGGAGGAUGAUCAGCUUCCUCCCCUCGCCAUGUUCAGAAGUGAGAUGAAGCGAUGUUGCGAGAGUCUCCAUGUUGCUCUUGAAAAGUUCGUGACACCGGAUGAUGACAGAAGCCUGGAUGUCUGGAGGAAAUUACAAAGGCUGAAAAAUGUCUGUUACGACUCGGGCUUUCCUCGUGGGGAUGGUGAUCCUUCUCAUCUGCUGUUUGCUAACUGGAAUCCUGUUUAUCUGUCCCCUUCCAGAGAGGACCUAGAUUCUGAGGUUGCAUUUUGGAAGGGUGGUCAGGUGACUGAUGAGGGUCUAAAAUGGUUAAUUGAGAAUGGAUUCAAAACUAUUGUUGAUCUAAGGGCAGAGACGAUAAAGGAUAACCUUUAUCAAUUGGCCUUAGAUGAGGCUAUUUCAUCUGGGAACAUCGAACUGAUCAAAAUUCCAGUUGAAGUAGGGACUGCACCUACGAUGGAUCAGGUGGAAAAAUUUGCAUCGGUGCUAUCAGAUUGCAGCAAAAGGCCUAUUUAUCUCCACAGUAAAGAAGGGGCUCGGAGAACUUCUGCUAUGAUUUCUAGAUGGAGACAGUACAUGAGCCGAUUUGAGGCCAAUUCCGCCUCUGCUAAGGAUGUGGCUGCAGAAGCAACGAACGGCAGUGCAGAUUAUCAUGAAUCUCUCGUGGGUGAAGAGGGAAUAUUCGUUGGAAAUGAAGAUAAAUCAUUGAGGAAAAGCUUGGAAAUGGCGUACAGUUCCAAUGGAGCUUCUCAUGGGAAACUCCCUCCAAAUGGGGAUAGUAGCAAAGAGGACAUCAAUGGGACAUAUGGUCCUCUCUGUUCUAGCGACACUGUGAAAUCAUUAGACACAGACAUUAAACGGGCAGAAUCUUCUAACAACUCAUUCAUUAACAUCAAUCCUCUUAAGUCUCAAUUCCCUCCUUCCAACAUAUUCUCUAAACCGGAGAUGUCGAGGUUCCUCAAUAGCAAAAGGAUCUCACCUCCUACUUAUUUCAUUAAUCAGCCGAAGAAGCUGAUAACAACCCCAGCUUUGAGUGAAGCACUUGAUCAGAGAGCCCAGAAAGACCAAUAUGCUAGGGGAAGUCCAGUGUCGAGUUUUGCAAAUUCAGGAAGUCCCAAUGGUUCCCUUAAUGGCAAGAGCCCCUCCCAAAAGCCCCAGAAAGCACCGGCUUAUGACAGGAUGAGUGCCAUAGACGAUGAUUUAGAUUCUACUGGCCCGUCUUUUGUGUAUACCACUGUUCGUGUGAAAAAUAAUGUAGACGAGAAUCUUAUGACUGAAACUAUUGUGAAGGAUCGCAAAAGAACUGCUGAAUCAUCCUCAGUUAAUGGCGAUAAUGGCACGGAAGUUGAGGGAAACAUGUGUGCUUCGGCCACUGGUGUUGUACGGGUGCAGUCAAGAAAGAAAGCGGAGAUGUUUUUAGUUCGUACAGAUGGUUUCUCUUGUGCCAGAGAGAAAGUUACUGAAUCUUCGUUGGCAUUUACUCACCCUAGUACGCAGCAACAGAUGCUCAUGUGGAAAACUAACCCAAAAACUGUUCUGUUACUGAAAAAGCUGGGUCCAGAGCUCAUGGAAGAAGCUCAAGAGGUCGCAUCCUUCUUGUAUUACCAAGAGAAGAUGAAUGUCCUCGUUGAACCUGAUGUGCACGACGUAUUUGCUAGAAUCCCGGGUUUUGGGUUUGUUCAGACAUUUUAUAGUCAAGAUACCAGUGAUCUGCAUGAGAGGGUUGAUUUUGUGGCUUGCUUGGGAGGAGAUGGAGUAAUAUUACAUGCAUCAAACUUAUUCAGGGAUGCUGUCCCCCCUGUCGUAUCCUUCAAUCUUGGGUCUCUUGGAUUUCUCACAUCCCACAAGUUUGAUGAUUAUAGACAGGAUAUGAGGCAGCUCAUACAUGGGAAUAAUACAGUUGAUGGUGUUUAUAUAACUCUUAGAAUGCGUCUGCGCUGUGAAAUCUUCCGAAACGGGAAAGCCAUGCCUGGCAAAGUAUUUGAUGUUCUAAAUGAGGUUGUUGUUGAUCGGGGUUCUAAUCCAUACCUUUCAAAGAUAGAAUGUUAUGAACAUGAUCGGCUUAUUACAAAGGUGCAAGGAGAUGGUGUCAUUGUAGCCACACCCACAGGAAGUACAGCUUAUUCAACUGCUGCAGGAGGUUCUAUGGUGCAUCCAAGUGUUCCUUGCAUGUUGUUUACUCCAAUCUGCCCACACUCUCUUUCUUUCAGGCCUGUCAUACUUCCUGACUCUGCUAGGCUUGAGUUAAAGAUUCCUGAAGAUGCGCGAAGCAAUGCAUGGGUUUCUUUUGAUGGGAAGAGAAGGCAGCAACUCUCGAGAGGAGACUCCGUUCGAAUAUCUAUGAGCCAGCAUCCACUCCCGACGGUCAACAAGUGCGACCAGACCGGCGACUGGUUCCGUAGCUUAAUAAGAUGCUUGAAUUGGAAUGAGAGGCUUGAUCAGAAAGCUCUAUGAAGCUUUCGAAAGCCCUAUGAAGCUUUCGAAAGCCCUAUGAAGCUUUCGAAAGCCAGGAGAAAGUUGCUACAUUCAAGACCCAUCGAGUCUGGUUAAUGUACAUAUCUGUACAGUAUAUAAGUCCAACAGGUAAUACAAAAUCCCACUUACCAAAGCUGCAUACCAUAUGGGCUGCCCAUGGAACUGGGGUGCCAUUCUCCAUUCUCUUUUCCUCAUUUUCCUUUUCAAUUUUUUUAUGGGUAUUGAUUUGGUGUAUAAAAAUAAUUUUUUGAGGGAAUGAAGGUCUAACCCGUUGGUUUCUUCUA